CAAAAGAAAACAAGAGAGCAGAAGGGAGGAAUGUGCAUGCAUUAACAUUUAUCAUGUACAUUACUGUGAGCAUUCUCCCAAUCUCAAACGGCAAAGUUGCCCCCUACAUUUCCUGAUUCUCAUCUGAUAUUUUUCCAAUUUGUUACCUUUUUUUUUUCUCUUCUUUUUUCACAACCCAUUUUCCUUUUCUACCACAUUUCUUUUUCUUCUUCAACCAGAUUCUGGUAAAAAAAAAAAUGAAUCUUUGAUAACAAUUUCAAGAUUUUCCCACCAACCCACCACAGAAAGAUCCGAUUUUGAGUUCUUGGGGUGGGGUUUCUGCCGUUUUUCUUUAACUUUUUCGCCAUUGGCAUCUGCAGCACCACACAAACUCACAGAAUGCUCAACAGCUUAUGGUCAAUUGGUGUGGUUUAGCCUUUAAACUGUAAUCUCUCUCUCUCUCUCUCUCUCUCUCUCUCUCUCUGUGUUGCAUUCUUUGUUGUGUUUCUUAGUCUCUGUGUGUGUCUUUCAGUGUUGGAUUCUUGGUGGGUUUUGCUUUAAUUUUGACUGAACGAAUGAGAUCUUGAUGAGGGUUGGAACCGGUUUCCUUGCACUGCUCUCAUUGUUGGCAUUGCUUAUUUUACUUCCAUUUUCAAGUGCUCAGUCACGCGCCCUUGAUGCCAUUCUUCAAGAUUGCGCCUUUAAGGCCUUUUUGAGGCCAAAAACUGGGGUACCCUAUGAUGGUAAAGUGCCAAGAACCCUAACUGGGGUCGAAGUUUCAGCAAUGAGGCUCAGGAGUGGUAGUUUGAGGACCAGAGGUGUUGAAAGGUACAAAGAGUUUCAGAUCCCAAUUGGGGUUGUUGAGCAACCUUAUGUGGAGAGGCUUGUUUUGGUGUACCACAACUUGGGAAAUUGGUCUGAAAAAUUUUACCCUUUGCCUGGUUACUCAUAUUUGGCACCUGUUUUAGGUCUAAUGUCAUAUAGUGGUGCUAAUUUGUCUGCUUCAGAUUUACCUGAGUUGUACCUUAGAGCCUCUGAUAGGCCAAUUUUGAUUAAGUUCCCUCAUGUGAAACCAGCACCACAAGGGUUAGUGCCAAAGUGUGUGUAUUUUGAUCUACAUGGUUCAGUGCAAUUUGAUGUAGUAUUACAUGGGAAUGUGUGUUCAACUGUUCAACAAGGGCACUUCUCUAUUGUGGUGGAGUCCAAUGCACCAACUCCAGCACCUGCUUCUGCUGUUGCUGUUGCUGCUGAUUUUAAGGAAGGUGGUGGUGGGAACAAGUACAAGGUGUGGAUCAUUGUGGCAUGUUUGGUUGGAGGCUGUCUCUUGUUGAUCAUGUUGAGUUUGUUGGUUGCAAGAGUGAGGAGAACCAAACAAGGUAUGAAGAUUCAGCAGUUGGAAUGGGCUGCUGAGAGCAAUGAAGCUUUGCAGAUGGCUUCAAUUGGAGGCACCAAAGCACCUUUGGCAAUAGGGACUCGCACAAGACCAACUAUUGAAAAUGAUUACAUACCUUAGACUUGAGGGAUUCUUGUAGGACCAUUUUUUUUUUCCUUUUUCCCUGCUUGGUGUUGUAAUUUUUGUGUUCAUAAUGAGUUUAGAAAGAGAAUGCUUUCCUUGUCUACUGGUCAUGCUCAGAAAUUCUGUUUCAUUGGUUUAGUUUGGUGUGAUUUUCAUGAACAUCAUUGGCUUUGGUUACAUUAUAAGACCCAAAAAAAAACACAAAGACAAGGUUUU